AGAGAGGGAACGGCUGCCAGUCCUAGGCUAAGGAGCCUAUGUGCGCAGACACACUGCAGGGGGAGGACUGGAAGCUAAUGAAGAGUCUGAUGGUAUGUGGUAGAAAAUUCCGUAGGAAUAGGCCACCCUUGAAAAAUCUUGCAGAGAAGUUAGAAGUGCAGGAACAAAGAUGUCAAGAGAAGGUCGCUCACAAAGCAAAGGGAACAAGACGUGGUGAAUUUGUGGAGUAACAAGGAGAUGUAGUGAGGACUGGAAUUAAUGAAGACUUUGCAGCAGACAUUUCUGGAAGUGAAUCAGAUCUGAAAACUUACAAAAAAAAAAAGGAUAUUACUAGUUUGUAUGCACAAGGGAAUAGCCACUCAAGUAUUUGGAGACACCGCUCAAAGUCCAUGCCAGUGAAGAAGUGAAAAGUAAAAACAAAGCUGAACCUGAUGGCAGGCAAGGUUCUGAUGAGGACGAUUAAUAGAACUUCUCAAUAGCCUCUAUGUCUCAGACAUUUUCUACCAUGGCAUCAUAUUUUUGGUUGGACGGAUAAACACUUUUCAAAUAUCGUUGCGAUCGGACUGCAUUGCCCUUUCUCAAAGUGUUGGACUAAGUGGCUGGCAGCAAAAUAUCUUGAUGCUUAGGAGUGGCUCAAUAAAUGGACUGUGACUGGCCAAAAUGGAAGUGACCUGAUAGUUUCCUGCCCAAACAUUACAUCUGGCAAGGACAGGUUAAAGUUGGACAUUUCAAUUUUGCUGGAAAGCAGUAUGCAGGAAGCUGGUUUUCAGGCCACAAAUGCUUUCACAGAGUGCAAAUUCACCUGCACCAGUGGCAAUUGUUUGUAUCUUGGUUCGUUGAUUUGUAACCAGUUGAAUGAUUGUGGGGAUAACAGUGAUGAAGAAAACUGCCCCCUGGUGACUGAGCAUCCACCUCCAGGUAUAUUUAACUCGGAGCUGGAGUUUGUCCAGAUAAUUAUCAUAAUUGUUGUUAUAACCGUGAUGGUAGUGGUGAUAAUCUGCCUUCUGAAUCAUUAUAAACUCUCAACGUGGUCGUUCAUAAACAGACAAAGCCAAAGCAGACGGCAAGAGGAGACAUUACAACCGGAAGGGUGUUUGUGGCCUUCAGAUAACUUGGUGCAACGACAAAGUGCUUCAGAGAUCAUGUAUGCUCCAAGGUCAAGAGAAAGAUUUAUGGCACCUUCCUUUAUGCAGAGAGAUCGUUUCAGCCGCUUCCAGCCAACCUACCCAUAUGUACAACAUGAAAUUGACCUUCCACCCACCAUUUCUCUCUCUGAUGGAGAGGAUCCUCCACCCUACCAGGGGCCAUGCACACUUCAAUUGAGGGACCCAGAACAGCAAAUGGAACUAAACAGAGAAUCUGUUAGAGCACCUCCAAACAGAACCAUUUUUGACAGUGAUUUAAUAGAUAUUUCAAUGUACAAUGGGGGUCCUUGCCCACCAAGCAGUAAUUCGGGUAUCAGUGCAACCAACUAUAGCAACAAUGGUAGAAUGGAAGGCCCACCACCAACCUACAAUGAAGUUAUGGGACAUUUUCCAGGCUCAUCGUAUUUCCACCACCAGCAAAACUCCUCUCCUUCAUCUCAGAGAGGUAGCAGACUUCACUUUCAUCAGAACAAUUCAGAGAGCACAAUAGUCCCCAUGAAUGCUAAAGACAAACAGCCAGGUAACCUUGUCUGAGACCUGGCAAUGUACCUGGAGCAAUGGAUAUACUAAUAACCAUAGACCAGCUGCCCGUUGAGCUCUGGUACACACUGCUACUGUGUUUUAAGUGGUACAAUUUAGUUAAACCAAAUGCACAAAUUACAAUAUGCUCAAUCUGAUUCCAGUCAGAGGAAUGCAUGCAGUUGGAUAGAAUUAGAAACACUUCCUUUCUGUUUGACCUAGAUUUGUUAUUCAGGAAGAAUAUCUUUUUUAUGUUAACCUAUUUCAGUUAUUUAAACAUUGAAAGGACUUAGCACAGAACACAAGCUUGCAUAGCCUUUUGCAUACUACAGCAAGGCAAUGAUAAAAAAAAACUUUUAAUUUACACAUACUGGGCGUUAAGGGAGAUGGCCAGUCUUUUUUUUCUUUUUUUUUUUUGACAGGGACAAUUUUAGUGUUGUUAUUUUCUAUGAAUCGAUAUUCCAUUUUCAUGUGUGCCAAUAUAACGUUAGAAGUAUGCAGGGAAUGAAUGCUAAGAAUGACAAACCUGCGAAAUGAGUGGAAAACGUUGCACUAACUAAUUGUUCAAACUAUACACGAGGGAAUGUACUAUGUUGUCAGGUGUGGUAAAAUCUGCCCUGUAAGAGCUAUGAAUUCUCAGAGCAACACAAAUUUUCGAUGGAGAACGUAUGCACUAAUUCCUGCUGGGCAACAAAUGUCCUCUGGCUCUUCAUGGACUACAAUUCAUUUCAUGUAUAGUCAGUCUUUAGACAGCAUGAUGAAAGUUCUAGUCCAACAACAGCCAUAUGGCUUGUUUUCACCAGUCCUGCACUAAAAUGUUACCAGCUCAAUAGACUUUUGCAAGAAAUUGGAAAUCCUGACAUUUCCUAGUAAUAUGUCUUUUAUUGCACAGAAGAAGUUCAAAAUGGCCAACACAGUUAUUCAUAACCAAGGAUUGCGAGUCUUUGGAUGUACUACAGCAUGCUUUAUAGUUUGCAAGCUCUGACUUUUUUAUAUGUUACUGUGUAAUCUUACAACCAUAUCAGCUGCUUUUGCUAUACUGGUCCUGAUAGAAAAGUAGCCUUUUCUAUACAAAAUUACUAAAAGUGUGU